GGGAGAAAGGCCUCCCUCUGAAGGUCUAAGGAGAAGCCAAAACAAACAUGGACUGUCUGCAUGGGGAGAAAGGCCUCCCUCUGAUGGUCCAAGGAGAAGCCAAAACAAACAUGCACUGUCUGCAUGGGGAGAAAGGCCUCCCUCUGAUGGUCCAAGGAGAAGCCAAAACAAACAUGCACUGUCUGCAUGGGGAGAAAGAACUGAUGGUCCAAGGAGAAGCCAAAACAAAUAUGCACUGUCAGCAUGGGGAGAAAGGCCUCCCUCUGAUGGUCUAAGGAGAAGCCAAAACAAACAUGCACUGUCUGCAUAGGGAGAAAGGCCUCCCUCUGAUGGUCUAAGGAGAAGCCAAAACAAACAUGCACUGUCUGCAUGGGGAGAAAGGCCUCCCUCUGAUGGUCUAAGGAGAAGCCAAAACAAAUAUGCACUGUCAGCAUGGGGAGAAAGGCCUCCCUCUGAUGGUCCAAGGAGAAGCCAAAACAAACAUGCACUGUCUGCAUGGGGAGAAAGGCCUCCCUCUGAUGGUCUAAGGAGAAGCCAAAACAAACAUGCACUGUCUGCAUGGGGAGAAAGGCCUCCCUCUGAUGGUCUAAGGAGAAGCCAAAACAAAUAUGCACUGUCAACAUGGGGAGAAAGGCCUCCCUCUGAUGGUCCAAGGAGAAGCCAAAACAAACAUGCACUGUCUGCAUGGGGAGAAAGGCCUCCCUCUGAUGGUCCAAGGAGAAGCCAAAACAAACAUGCACUGUCUGCAUGGGGAGAAAGGCCUCCCUCUGAUGGUCUAAGGAGAAGCCAAAACAAACAUGCACUGUCUGCAUGGGGAGAAAGGCCUCCCUCUGAUGGUCUAAGGAGAAGCCAAAACAAACAUGCACUGUCUGCAUGGGGAGAAAGGCGUCCUUCUGAUGGUCCAAGGAGAAGCCAAAACAAACAUGCACUGUCUGCAGGGGGAGAAAGGCCUCCCUCUGAUGGUCCAAGGAGAAGCCAAAACAAACAUGCACUGUCAACAUGGGGAGAAAGGCCUCCCUCUGAUGGUCUAAGGAGAAGCCAAAACAAACAUGCACUGUCUGCAUGGGGAGAAAGGCUUGGAGGUCUAAGGAGAAGCCAAAACAAACAUGCACUGUCUGCAUGGGGAGAACGGUCUAAGGAGAAGCCAAAACAAACAUGCACUGUCUGCAUGGGGAGAAAGGCCUCCCUCUGAUGGUCUAAGGAGAAGCCAAAACAAACAUGCACUGUCUGCAUGGCCUGUGCUGUGUUGCUUACACCCAUGAUCAGUAACAACAAAUGCCUUUGUAAAGGGAUUGUCGUCCUGAGGAAUUUGAAGAUGAAAAGGAAACUGGCACUUCAGUCUGCCACCCACCUUUGACUGCUUAACGAAGAACGGAUACUUGGUAAUCACCAGAGCAUAUUUUGGAUCCGUUGUUUUACGUGCAAAUACUUGAUUUGUACCUUAGUAAUUGGCAGUUUGGCGGAGCAUCUUCCCAUAUGCAGGAAAUAAUGAAUACAGAUAUUUCAAACGAAUAAGGAUAAAAGGGAAUAGAUGGCCAAACCAUGAUGAGUUAUUUCACUGCCAGGAACAACAGCAGACUGCAGAUUUGGCCAACUUACUCUGUUUCUUAUUUCAUGGACAUAAAAAUUGUAACUUCAAAAGUCAAGUGAGCUUAAAAGCCUUGGCUGUAUUUUUCUUUUUCAUGAAGCAUUCUGUACAAUACAGUCACGACAUGUAAUGCUUGUGAGUUCUUAUGGUUGGGCAACCAAAUCAGGAAGAUGUUAAACACGAAAUGACAUUUGUACAAGUCCUAUUGAGAGCAAUAUUGAACAACUUUAGCAAUAACAACUUAAAAAUAGAAAACUUUCAACAUUGUCAAAUUACUUCUUGGGUGUUUUGUAAAUCACUGAAGCUCUGAGAGGAUUGUUAUUGUAGCCAUACUUUAUGAAACCUUGCUGACUGAUCAAUUCACUGUGUGUGUUAAUAUUUGGAGGCAUUUCCACUCAUCUUACGCAUUUUACUCAGCAUUACUGCCACAGCUCUGAUACUUACAACAGUUGUAAUCCAGAGUCACUUUGCAAAUUCAGGCUCCAGGAACUGCCUAUUUCUUUGUAUGCAUGCCAGCCCUCUGGCCAAUAUCUGCAGUGCCUUGAAGGCCUGCCUUCUGGCCAAUAUCUGCAGUGUCUUGAAGGCCUGCCUUCUGGCCAAUACCUGCAGUGUCUUGAAGGCCUGCCUUCUGGCCAAUAUCAGCAGUGUCUUGAAGGCCUGCCUUCUGGCCAAUACCUGCAGUGUCUUGAAGGCCUGCCUUCUGGCCAAUACCUGCAGUGUCUUGAAGGCCUGCCUUCUGGCCAAUAUCAGCAGUGUCUUGAAGGCCUGCCCUCUGGCCAAUAUCUGCAGUGCCUUGAAGGCCUGCCUUCUGGCCAAUAUCUGCAGUGCCUUGAAGGCCUGCCUUCUGGCCAAUAUCUGCAGUGUCUUGAAGGCCUGCCUUCUGGCCAAUACCUGCAGUGUCUUGAAGGCCUGCCUUCUGGCCAAUAUCAGCAGUGUCUUGAAGGCCUGCCUUCUGGCCAAUACCUGCACUGUCUUGAAGGCCUGCCUUCUGGCCAAUAUCUGCAGUGUCUUGAAGGCCUGCCCUCUGGCCAAUAUCUGCAGUGCCUUGAAGGCCUGCCUUCUGGCCAAUAUCUGCAGUGUCUUGAAGGCCUGCCUUCUGGCCAAUACCUGCAGUGUCUUGAAGGCCUGCCUUCUGGCCAAUAUCUGCAGUGUCUUGAAGGCCUGCCUUCUGGCCAAUAUCUGCAGUGUCUUGAAGGCCUGCCUUCUGGCCAAUAUCUGCAGUGUCUUGAAGGCCUGCCUCUGGCUGGCCAAUACCUGCACUGUCUUGAAGGCCUGCCUUCUGGCCAAUAUCUGCAGUGUCCUGAAGGCCUGCCUUCUGGCCAAUAUCAGCAGUGUCUUGAAGGCCUGCCUUCUGGCCAAUAUCCAAGUGUCUUGA